UUGUUUGUCCUUAACUCAUCUAAAGAAUCCAUCCGCUCAUCCCAUGACUUCUUUUCUUCUGAUUUUUACCAGAAGGUAAAUCUAGGGAAAGUUUGUUAUAGUGACCUUAUUGCACCAAUCCUCAAAGAGGUAAUCCGUUUGGAAAAUCGUGCGAAAGGAGCCGAAAUCAUACACAAAGGUCUUCGCGCCGUCAUUUUGGGUCGUCCAAAUACAGGAAAAAGUAGCCUAAUGAAUGCUUUAGCUCAAAGGGAUGUAGCCAUCGUAUCGGAGCGCGCAGGUACAACUCGAGACAGUAUUGAGGUGCGACUAAAUAUCGCAGGAGUACCGAUGGUUCUUACAGAUACAGCAGGGAUCCGAGAGACCACAGACUCUAUCGAGAAGGAGGGAGUUGAAAGAGCAAAGCGAAAGUAA